AUGCGUCUCUCCGUUCUCACCGCUGGACUCGUCUACGCUGCGACCCUCGUCGUUUCCCAGAGGACAUGUGGCACUAACCCCUCCCCUGCUGAGAUCGCCGCCGCUGAGGCCAACUUCAGGAACCACCGCGUCCAGGUUUCCACUUCCGACUUCUCCACUGCCGCAGCCACCAUCCCCGUCCAUUUCCAUGUCAUCUCCUCCGGCUCCUCCCUCUCCCAGGGCAACAUCCCUGACUCACAGGUCCGCGAGCAAAUCGCCGUCCUCAACAGGGACUUUGCCGGCACCGGCCUCUCCUUCACCCUCGUCAACACCACCAGGACCGUCAACGCCGACUGGUUCCAGAGGGCCGGUCCCAGCACCAGCCAGCAGACCGCCAUGAAGCGCGCUCUCCGCGUCGGUUCCGCCAGCACCCUCAACAUCUACUCUGUCGGCUUUACCUCCGGCUCUGGAGCUGGUCUUUUGGGAUAUGCUACAUUCCCCAGCUCCUACUCUCGCAACCCCACCGAUGAUGGUGUUGUGAUCCUCUACUCCUCCGUUCCCGGGGGUUCUUCUGCCCCCUUCAACUUGGGAACCACUGCAACCCACGAAGUCGGCCACUGGGUCGGUUUGUACCACACCUUCCAGGGUGGAUGCUCUGGCUCUGGCGACUCCGUCUCCGACACCCCUCCCGAGGCUAGCCCUGCAUCGGGUUGCCCCAUCGGCCGUGACACCUGCGCUGGCGGUGGACCUGACCCCAUCCACAACUACAUGGACUACUCCAACGAUGCUUGCAUGGAGGAGUUCACCCCUGGCCAGAUCGCUCGUUUCCGCAGCCAGAUCGCCACCUACCGUGGUAUCAGGAUCUAA